CACCAGCUUAGUCAGUCAUUCCCUCGCGAACUGCGACGACAUCAGGAUCAUACGAUUGUUACACGCGCGCACGCACACAAAGACACACAGUGGUGAAAACUGACAAGUAAUAACAUACGCAUAAGUAUACGUAUUAUUGCCCUCCGACUUUUAAUCGCGUUGAGUUUCUCCUUCAAUUGAUCUUGACGAAUCAAUCAGAAAGAUGGAUAUUAGGAUCUUCGUGCUGCUUGUUUUCGUCGGUGUCCUAGGAUCUCUUGCGCAGACCCAAGCAGGCUUCAUUAGGUACCCUAGAAAUGGAGAAGUACGCAGGGAUGUACUGCCGUUCAUGCAAUACGCCGCGUCCAGGUCAAAGCGGGAGGUCGGUGAUUCGAACGGUGAGACCGCAAAUUCGAGCGAGACUACCACCCAAUCCACUACCACCCCAACGACUACGACGACAAGCACAACAGAACCUACGACAACAGACCCUACGACAACAGAUCCCACGACAACGGAUCCUACGACAACAGAUCCUACCUCGCCUUCAACCACCCCGAGCACUGAACCGACCACUACACCUACCACAGAAGCCACUACGCCCACAACUCCCACCACCAGCCCCACGACACCCUCCACCAGCCCCACAACACCCACCACCACCCCCACGACAGCCGGCACCACCCCCGGAAGCACCACUCCGGAGAGCACCAAGAAACCGACAGACGAUAUUCUGUCACGUUCGAAUUUCGAUGAACCCGAAUCCGAAGACUCUCCCAAGAAACCUGGACCAUCGUCUACGGGCGAUGCAGCGCCAACUCCUGGACCAUACUUCGGCCCAGGUGCCUUCGGCCCGUACUUUGGCCCUGGUUUCGGUUCAGGUUUUGAUCCCUACUUUGGUUAUCCCGGACCCAACUUUAUCCCAGGUUCCGGCCAGAACUAUGGGUGGCCCAGUGCCAGCAGCGGAUCAGGAUUUGCAGGCGCGUCUGCCGGCGCGUCCGCUGGAAGUUUCGCGGGAGGAUAUUCAGGAAUGGGAUAUCCCACGCCAGGAUUUCCCACAAUGGGAUCAACAAAUAUCGGUAGUCGAGGAGGAUUUCAGGAUAACUCACCAGAUCAGACCGGAUAUAAUCCUAGGGGAAUAGAUCCGUUGUAUAACGCAGGAUUCUACUUCCCAGGACAAUAUCCUGCCUACAACGACCCUUUCGAUAUGUUUAAGCAGAUACAAGGGCAGAUAGAGGCGCAACAUCAAGCAUCCGCCAACUCUAUGGCUUCUCACCAUUUUCUAAUGGCAAAUCAAAGGCGUGCGUGGAAUACGCCCAACUACCCUUACCCUUACGCUUCGGGGAAUGUGAACAAUAUUGGACGUCAUCCGACGUUUGGUGGUUCGUUCAACCCAGGUGUUGGUAAUAGUAAUAUGGAGUUCCACAAUCGCUUGGCCAGCGAAGCCGCUAACUAUGGCGGCACACCGCAAGUUGCAAGUGCCAGUAUCGGUUUAGGUCCAAAUGGUGGCUUCCAAACGGGCCAGAUCAGUCCUGCUCUACCUGGAAUAGAGUCGAGAUUUGCCGAAGAUCUUCCUGCACCAUCUGGCAACAGCUUUGGAGUAUUUGCCAGUUCCAGUUCCUCUAGCAGGACCGGUCCGGAUGGCAAGCAGAUCAACCACAAAUCGUCCAUCACGGGCGUCAACGACAACGGAAAGAUUUCCUACCGCACGGUGCACGAUUAAUAAAUUCGCGCCUUUGUACGUAAUAAUAUUUUUUAUAACCGCUGAUUUGCUACAAUUGGUCGUGUGUUGCUACAAUGUCUCACAUUGCUGUGAGAGUGACAAAUUUUUCUGAUUCCGAAUUUCUAACGUUGAAGUUUGCGAACUGGUAUGUUUGGGCUCAAAUGUUUCCUCAAGAUUAUCAUACAAAUACUCAAGUUUUUUAGGUCGUAAUAGUCUCCCUAUAAAAUUCUUCGUGCUUUCUUAUUCGACUUUCGUAAAUUUUCCUGUGACGUUCACUCACGUCGACAAUUAGACUCUUAGACUAUUCCUUAGCGAGCAAGAAUCGCUUGUGAUGUAAUUUUAGAAGUCUAGAAGUUUCAAUAAACCUUCAUGCGCUGACCUUACAUACCGCUCGACCGACCCCGGACGAUCGUUUGUAACGUCUUGCAACUAAUUAUGCAUUUAAUUAUUGUAUCUACUUGCUUAAACUAUACACAUGUUAUAUUAUAUUUACAUUGUAUACAUAAAUUAAACUCGUGAGAUACUUUUAUAAUGA